AUGAUGGAGAGGAUAAGAAAGGAGAUGAUACUGAUGGAGAGGGGGCUGCACAGUCCGGUGUCCGCCAAAAGGCUCGCGGAUUCGGCCGGGAAUUCCGUGCUGGAGGCCUUGGAGAACUCCCAGCACGGAGGACGCCUCAGCCCGAGAAUAACCUCCGCUUCCCUGCACGGAAGCCUCGGGGACAUGCCGAGUAAAGGCAAGUUCGAGAUCGACAGCCUGUUCGGGUCACACCAGGGCAGCGAGCACAGCCCUUCGGCGGACAUUUCGUCGUCAGAGAGCCGGAAGAAAAUGAGCCUUUACUCGGAAGUUUCCCAGGAAUCUGACAUCAACAGUGAUGUGGAAGUGGGCUGCCCCACGCAUCGCUCCCCCAGCCAGCACAAGGAAAACAACAAAGGUUAUUCAGACUCUGGCUCGUCCAACACAAGUUCGAGCUCUCUGUCCGGUAUGAACGGAAACUCCACGGGGGCGUCGAACAACAACUCCAACGCGGAUCAAGUCAGGAGGUACCGCACAGCCUUCACCAGGGAGCAAAUCGGCCGCCUGGAGAAAGAGUUUUAUCGGGAAAAUUACGUCUCCAGGCCGAGAAGAUGUGAACUGGCUGCUGCUCUCAAUCUGCCUGAAACCACCAUCAAGGUGUGGUUCCAGAACAGGCGCAUGAAGGACAAGCGGCAGAGGUUGGCCAUGUCGUGGCCUCACCCGGCGGACCCCAGCUUCUACACCUACAUGAUGACCCACGCGGCGGCCACGGGGAGCCUUCCGUACCCGUUCCACUCCCACAUGCCCCUGCACUACUACCCGCACGUUGGCGUCACGGCGGCCGCGGCUGCCGCAGCCGCCUCGGGGGCUGCGUCGUCGCCCUUCGCCACCUCCAUCCGGCCCCUAGACACCUUCCGCGCGCUCUCGCACCCCUACUCCCGGCCGGAGCUCUUGUGCAGCUUCCGCCACCCGGGACUCUACCAGUCACCGGCGGGCCUCAACAGCCCCGCCGCCGCGGCGUCAGCGGCGGCCGCCGCCGCCGCCGCUGCGGCCGCGGCGGCCGGCGCUCAGUCCGCCGGGGCUCCGUGCUCGUGUCUCAGCUGCCACAGCAGCCAGGCGGCCGGCGCGCUCGGCUCCAGGGCCACCGGCGCCGACUUCACCUGCACGGCUUCGGGACAGAGGUCCGAGAGUGGAUUUUUGCCCUACUCGGCGGCUGUGCUCAGCAAGACAUCCGUCCCGUCACCGGACCAGCGAGAGGAGACGUCACUCAACAGAUAA